AUGGCGACGAAGCCCCCUCUACCGCCGGCUCCGAAACCCGUGACAGCAGUCUCUGAAAAGACUCCUCCCCACGCACCCGCGGAUCCCCUUGCCGGGUCAGAGGCAGGCCCGUCCGCUCCCGCUGCUGUUCCGUCUGCUCCGCCUGCGGCACCUGGCCCCCUGGCUCCCCUUGUCGAGCCGUCGGUGUCUGCCCCUGCUGGGGGUGUUGCUGAACCUCCUGACCUGUCCCUGGCGCCCUUGUUGCGCCGACCGCUUCUGUCCCCUGCCUGCCUGCGCAGGCCUCUGCUUCGGGGAUUGGAGGGGUCCCCGUGCUCGUGGCGGGGGUGGGGGGUAUCGCCCGCCUGUGACGAUGGCGGAUCUUCAGCGGGAAAUGUCGAGGGCGGUUCGGGAGGAGAGGGCGGCGCAGAGCCAGAGCAGUUCGCUGUGCGCCUUGCCAGCCCACGAGGCUCCCCGUCCGGCUGCGCUCCCCCCGAACCCGCUGCCUGUUGCCGCGCUCCCCCUCACAUCCAAGCGCCACCAGCUCCUUCUCCCGCUGUAUCGGCACCUGCUCCCGGUUCUCGUCUCCAUCUGCCGCCGGUUCCGCCCGUUGCGGGAGUGGAGUUUGUGGCCGCGGGAUGCGGCUCGUUGGCGGCUCCGUUCGCUCUCCCAGCUGAUGCUGUAGAGCCGCUCCAGUUCCUGGCGGAGGUAGUCCAGCCUCCGCAGACCCGUGUUCCCGAGGCAACUCUCGGACAGCUACACCGCCUCGCUGACAGUCUCCAUGCUCUGCUGCUGAUUCAAGUGCUGGCCCACUCAUCUCUCCCUGUGAUCCCUCCUGAGACCUUCCGUGGCCGCCAGCGUGACUCUUGCCUGGACGCGGCGGACCAGCUCGCGGUGCUGCUGGCGCCCGUGCUGGCUGCGCCCGCGGAGGGUGGCGCUGCUGCUGCGGGACAGCUUGACGAAGCCGUCCGGGGCAUGAGGCGGCACUUGCGCGGAGGAUCUGGAGCAGUGGCGAUCGGCGCAAGCACGCUAGUGGACCCGGUUGUGGCGCAGGCGGUGGCCGUUCAGGCGGCGGCUGUACUUGCGCCUGUGGGGCAUCCGUGGGGCCCGCCGUCACCUGGCCGUCACUCCUCGCGCCCCCAUUCUCCUGCUCUCCGUGAGGAGCGGGAAUCGUCGCGCCGGCGCCGCGACUCUCCCCGUCGUAGCCGCCCACAGUCAAACUGGCAUCGCGGCGGUCGCGGCGGUUGGGGGGGGGGUCGCGGUUAUGGCGGUGGCCCGGCGUAUGUUCCUCCUGUGUCCCUUGCGGACGUUCAGCGUGUCGUCUCAGCGGCGAUUCGCGAGGAGAGGGCCGCGCAGCGCCUUGCGACGGCUCCUCCAGCUCCCUCUCCUGUCUCUGUUCCUGUGGCAGUGUCUCCUCCUCCUGUGGCUGUUGCUCCUCCUCCACUCGCCCCCCCUGCUCCUGCUGCGGUUCCUGGGCAUCACGUGAUCCCACCAUGGGUUCCUCCUGCCGCGCCACCCCCUCAGUCUGCAGCCGGUGACGCGCAGGCGUUCCCGGCGUUGGGGGGACCUCCUCGCAUGGCUGAAGUCCCCGAGGCGUCUCUUGGCCAGCUGUGGCGCCUCGCGGAGGGCUUGCGGGCCGUGCAUCUGAUCCAGGCGCAUGGUCAUGCCGCUCUCUCUCGUGGCGGCUCUCUGGAUGGUCGCCAGAGGGAUGAGUUGCUUGAUGCUGCUGAUCGCCUCGCGGAGUUGCUGGCGCCCGUGUUGGCUGCGCCCGCGAUGGGCGUAAUUGCGGGUGUUGGGCAGCUUGGUACAGCUGUCCGUGGGUUGUGGCGGAUUUUGCGCGUAGGCUCUGGAGCCGAUGUGAUCGGCGCAAGCACGGCGGCGGUGCGGGAGCUGCACCGAUCUCUGACUGUGCUCCUUGCUGUUCUCGACGCUGAUCAGUUCUAG